CCCUCCCAUCCCGCUACAUGGUGUGCUCUAACCCUGCAACCAGCCGUAUCUGGUGUAAGACGUUUAACUGCGAGCCAUAGCAUAGUCCAUGGAGGCACGAUGCAGCUGUGGAUGAUGCUCAUUCUUCUGCAUGUACGUCUUGGUAAUGCUCCCUGGAUGGAAGGUGGGGAGGAAGUAGGGGAUUUACAUGUGGCGUCCGUUUCCCUCCCCGCACCUUCUAACGUCUCCAUCUCCUCCUUCAACAUGGAGCAUACUCUCAGCUUCCUGCCGGGCCCCGACACCCCCUCAGACGCCCACUUUAAUGUUCAAACCCUCCACCUCAGGAAGAACCUGUGGAGACCAGUGGCUGCCUGUCUGCAGCUGACGGCCGGACAGCAGUGUAAACUAACCCGAGUGUUCAAGGACCCGUUUGUUCACUACCGAGCCCGCGUCCAGGCCUUCACACCCACACAGACAUCCAACUGGACUGUGUCGGGCCAGUUCCAGCCACUGACAGACACUGUGCUGGGACCUCCUGAUGUGUCUCUGUCCGGCUGUGGGAACUGUUUAGUCCUGCAGCUCAGAGUUCCUACAACAAGGAGGCUCCAGCAGCUGAAGGACUUCUACAGAGUAAUCGUCCUCCGUGUGCAAAGGACCAGGGAUGGUGUGCAGUUCAGUUUGAGUCUGCCUUACAAAGAGGAGAGCGUGAUCACGUACCUGCAGCCAGGUGUGGAGUACUGUGUGACUGUCUCCAUCUCGUCUCCCUUCAACUCCAACCCCGUCUCCAGUCCACCUCGCUGUGCCUUUACCAGCCCUCCUCCAUCCAGGAGCUCACAGUGUGUGGUCUUCAGCCUGCUGGGUGUAGUCUGUGCACUGCUGCUUCUCCUCAUUGGACUUGUCAUCUGCGGUGGUCAGCUGAGCUGUGAAUGUCUAAUACAACACCUACACAGAACUCUGGUAUCAGAAUAAUCAAUUGUUCAUCUUCUCUUUCAAUUUUGCACUUAGUAUAGUAAGUGAUAAAAUAGAAUAGUAAUAAAAUAUGUGCCUCUGUUGUCCUGAUGCUAAUCAACUUCAUUGUCUGUUUGAUGAGUUGGUUUCUGCAGUAACUGGGCUAAUUAGGAUCAUACUUUGAUUAUUAGUAAUCAGGUUAAGCAUUUGAUAAAGUGAUUAGUAGAUUAUUCAACGUCUCAAUCAACAGAAAAUGUAUCAAUAACAAGUCAUUGAUCAUGAGUCUGUAGCCAUGCUAGCAGCUCUGUGAGGCUGUACUUAAAGCUACAUGCUAACAUGCUCACAAUGACAAUGCUAACAUUCUGAAGUUUGGCAGGUAGGCCUAUUACAUGUUUACCAUCUUAGUUUAGCUUGUUAGCAUGCUAAAAUUUGCAAACUAAACGUAACGUAAGGUUGAUGGGAAUGUCAUUAGUUUUGCAAGUAUUAGAAAUAAACAAACUGAAAUUCUGACUUGAUGAUGGCGCUAGAGAAAAAAGUCAAAGGAUUACCAAAGUCAUUACAAUUCAUCCGGAGGGGAACAUGAAUUUGUUUAGCUAAUUUCAUGGUAAUUCAUGCAACAGUUGUUAAAACAGUAGUUGGAGCUAGAAGUAAAGUCAGAGGAUCAUUCCCUCAAUAGGUGAGAUAUUUCAGCCCACCAGACAAACCCACAUUACCAUGCUUAGAGCCAUGCAGUGAGUAUGGCUACAAUAAAAAUGUGAAACAUUUGCUAGUUUCGGCUUUUCCAGCGUGAGGGUUUAAUAUUAUUGUAAAGUCAAAAUCUUUUGGUUUUGGGAUGGACAUACAAAAAAAGUAUAAAAGUAUACGGGGUCAGGUUAUUUGUUAGGAUCUCUAUCAAGAUUUCCAAGAUCACUGUUACUAUUUAUAAAUGAUUUUAUAUGUACAAAUAACCAACAUACCACUGUGUAGUCAAGAGGGAACUUCCACAGGCUCAUAUAAACACACUGUGGUAUGGAAUAUUUUGUUAAUGUUAAUGUUAGUUGUUGAUCCAUAUAAACAACACGUAUGAGACUUUGAGUCAGCAGCAUGUCAGUGUGACUGUCACUGUCUCUCUUAUCUCCUGUCAUACAUCCUCCUCCAAUCACCAGCAUGGUGGAAGUGUACAUAUUGAAGUAUCAGGUCAGAUCUCUGCUGACUGCUCACAGGAGCAGCUCUGAUGGGAAGACUGUCGAGGGGCAGUGAAAUCUGAUGUUUAAAGUGGAAGUGUUGCAGAGGGACAGGACGGGGAUAGAGAGCACAACAGCUUGUUUAGGUGGAGGGGAUUUGGCUGAUUGGUUUUGAGAAGGAUAAAGUUUAUGGUCUGCUAUCACGGUGAGGUGUUUUUGUAAAUUGUUAUAAUCUUGUUUCUAUGCCAAUAUUUCUAAUUUCCUGACUCGUCUUCUGACUUUUUAAAUUUGUUUGAGGUGGAUGACUGUCUGUUAGAGAACCUUUGAACGGCUUGAAGUUUAUUCAAGUAUCAAGUAUUAUUACUGUAUGCACUUAAAGUAGUAUCUAUCUGAAGCUAGCUUUUCAUCAACCAUUGUGUGAUUACAAUAAAGUCUACUUUGGAUCAA